AUGGAAAAAGUUGAUUAUACAGGCAAUGUCCCACAAGCGCGUUUCGGGCACACAAUAACAUACAUAUCAAAAGGAAAAGCAAUAUUAUUUGGCGGAGCAACCGGAGACACCGGCCGCUUUUAAAUAACUGGCGAUACCUAUUCAUUCGAUAUAUAGACAAGAAUAUGGAAGAAAAUAGAAACUAAUGGAAACUAACCAUCCCCCCGAGCAGCACAUGCCGCAACCGGUUUAGAAAUAAAUUAAAUGGUAGUAUACGGAGGGGCUACAGGAGGUGGAAGCUUAGCUUCAGAUGAUUUAUAUCUUUUAGAUUUAAGAGGAAUGGAUGAUAUAGGUAUGUGGAAAGUAGUUCCAGUAGUAGGCUAAACUCCAGGUCGUAGAUAUGGCCAUACAGUAACAUAUUCAAAGCCUUUUUUGGUAGUUUUUGGAGGAAAUACGGGUUAGGAAGCUGUGAAUGAUUGCUGGUUUUUGAAUGUUGAAAAAAGUCCAUUUGCUUGGCAAAAGAUAGAGCCUAAGAACGAAUCUCCGAGGGUUAGAGUUUAUCAUUCAGGCACUUUGUGUAAUUAGGGAAGCGCGAACGGUAUGGUAGUAAUGUUUGGGGGAAGAUCAAAUGAUUAGUCGGCUUUGAAUGAUACAUGGGGCUUAAGAAGGCACAGAGAUGGCCGUUGGGAUUGGGUAAAAGCACCUUAUAGAUCUGAAAGAGAACUACCAGUAGGUAGAUAUUAACAUUCAAGUCUUUUUUUGGGGAAGUUAUUACUUAUUAUAGGAGGAAGAACUAAUAAUGUAGGUGAAUAAUUAGGAUUAGAAAUUUAUGAUACUGAAACUUCAGAAUGGAGUAGAUUUAAUUCCAUAUAAAGGUUUAGGCAUGGAUCAUGGGCUGUAGAUAAUUUUAUUUAUGUAUAUGGAGGUUUUGAGUUAGAAAGUCCGAAUAUACCAACAGAUGUCAUAAUGAAAAUUAAUCUCUUAAAAAGUAUAUCUAGUAACGGAGAUUUACUAAUGAAAAUAAUUAAUACAUUAAAAUAAUCUUCACCAAAUAAUAGUGUUAUAAAUGAUAUAUCAAAUUAGUAAAAAAAAACAAAAACAUUAAAAAUAAAUAAAUAUAAAAUAAAAAUACAUAUAUAUCUAUUAAUAUUAUUUAUAUAAUUUAUAAAUAAAUAUAAUUAAUUUUUUAUAGACCUAGCUCACCAGAAUUAAAUUAUUCAAAUAAUUCGACUUUAGCAACUUCAUUUAGUAAUAAAAUAAACCCAAUAUCAAUAAAUAAUUCGAAUAUCUCAUGAUCCAAACUCAAUCCAUAAUAUAAUGAUUCAACAUUUAUUAUAACCAAAAAGUUACAUAAAUUUACCCGAAAAUGCACCUUUUAGAUUUUCCUCAGAAAAUAUAAUAUAAUUAUGUGAUAUGGCUGAGGAAAUUAUAAAAAACUAACCUAUAGUACUUAGAGUUUUUAUAUAUUAAUUUUUAUUUAGAUUUGGUUUUAGUGAUGAAUGUAAUUAAAGAUUAGGGGAAGAUCCUUCAGAUGAAGAUUCUGUUUUCAAUAGAGUAAAUAGACUUUUUGAAUAUUUACCUUUAGCUACAAUUAUAGAAGAUAAAAUUAUAUGCCUACAUGGAGGUAUAGGCGGUUCUUUACAUUACAUAUAAGAAAUUGAGAAUCUAUAGAGACCUUUAGAAGUUGUACAUGAAGUAAAUACUCCUGAACAUUAACUAAUAGUUGAUAUUCUUUGGUCUGACCCGACCGAUUCUGAUUAAGAAUUAGGAAUUUAGGCAAACGUGAUUAGAGAUCCAGCUGGUACUGGAAAUAUUGUAAAAUACGGGCCUGAUAGGGUAAAUUAAUUUUUAUAAAAUAACGGAUUAUCAAUGAUUUUGAGAGCUCAUGAAUGUGUAAUGGAUGGAUUUGAGAGAUUUGCGGGAGGAAAACUUAUUACAGUUUUUAGUGCAACAGACUAUUGUGGAAGACAUAAAAAUGCAGGCGCAGUUCUGAUUUUAAAAAAUAAUUUUGAAAUUAUUCCUAAAUUAAUUUAUCCUACUAGUGAAGCUUAACAUAAUUGGAUUGAAGAUGAGGAAUAAUUAAAAAAAAGACCACCUACACCACCCCGAUGGAAAAAUAAUAGUAUAAGGAAAUCUUUUGAUUGA